GGCCCGCCGACAAAGCCGGGGGAAAAGAGCCAAUGACCGAGAGGAGAGCUUUUUCAGCCGUGAGGCUCUGCAAGGAGUGGCGGCCCGGCGGUGCACCAGAGCGCUGAGGAGGAGGGAACGCGGAGGCUGGCAAGCGGCGGAGGAGAGGAAAAAGGUGGGGCAGCGAAAGGAAGCCAGAGCAUCUGCCGACUCGCGUCUUCCCAAGACCGGACGAGCAGGAAUCAUGGCCAACACCACCACCACGACAGACACCGACAGUCUGCUGCGGCACUCCGAGGCCGUUCCCCUCUCUCACGUUUCCCUGCAGCCGCAGGAAGUCUACCCUUUCCACGAUGGCUGGAACGUGGCCUGCUUCAUCAUCCUGCUGCUGUUCAUCCUCACCGUGGUGUCUCUGGCCGCCUUGGCCGUGCUCUACGAGGUCCUGGACUGUGGCUGCUGCGCCAAGGAAAAAACGCAGCAGCAGCAGCAGCAGCACCAACAAGAACUGGAGGAGGAGGAGGGGUCAGGCAACUGCAGCAAGCUGAUGACCAGCAUUUGCAAUGAACCCGAAUUGCACACGGAGGUGGUGUAAAAGCGCCACAGAGAAGACCAGAGCAGGAACGGAACGCUAACCCCUUUCGGGACUACACCUUCAAAAACGGAUAAAACAGUUGCCGUUGCUCAGGAAACAGGCAAGAUGAACGAACUGCACAACAAAAACAAAGACCAGUUCCUUUCACACAUUUACAUCCCACUAAAGCUUGACCCUGAAAUCCCCAAGUCUGGAAAGUACCCUACGAGGACGCUAGUAAAUUAGCAUUGAUCAUUUUACUUUGAAAGUCGCAGGAUGCAUGUCUGAAAACACGAAAAUCUUGCAACUUAUCACAAAGUGCAGAUACAGUAAUCAUCCACGAUAUGACACGGUCCCACUAUAUUGCAGAUUUCUUUUUGAACAGUAUUUUGGUGUUAUCCUUUGCGCUUCAGAUAUCUCACUCGGCCUGCCACGAUCAACUUUUUACGAUACAUUUUCCCAAAAACUAUCACGACAAACACUAGUAUUGUUUGUAUUAAUGCCAUUUAAAGACCACAACAAUUCAAGUACGUCCUUUUUAAGGACAAUUAUCUUUCAGUUUUAAAGAACAUUGAGGAUUGGCAUGGUAUUGAACAAUAAAUAAAUAAAAAUAAAUGAAAUUAGGUUCUCCUCGCACAAAUUACAGUUAAACAGAGGUACAAAGGUACAAAGUUAUUAAUCAUCCAAACACCCAAACAUAUCUGAAAGCCAGCCAAAUUUGAAUUUAAAAAAACAUGUAUGUACUUGAAAGUAUUUGGGCUUGUGCACUGUUUUGCCAUAUAUUUUAAUCCUUUUUUUUUUUUUUUAAAAUUCAUUGUGUGUAUUUUGUCGUGUUAUGUACUUUGCCAUUUGUGGUGUCUCUUGACUUCUGAAAAUUAUUUUGUCUCGAGAUUUUUCCUGGUUCAAUAAAGGAUCAAUAAAAAUGUAAAAUAACCC